AUGCAUACUAUUACGAAUAUUUUUCUUGCACUCUUACUUGUGCUAUCAGUUGCUGGUUUCGAAUUCGAAAAUAUCGAUGAGAAUCCCAAUGAGCAGUUGAUGGCUGGUCGCGGUUAUGUCGACUGCUUGAUCUGGUAUGCUACACAAGGCGAUCCCAAUAAACUUCUAGCCAAGACAAAGAAGCCAUACUGUCAGGUACCAGUAACGUUUCCCCCAACACUACCUGGUGAUUGGUCGGUAGAUACUUCUUGUGAUGCUGCGAAACAGCCAAAUACUUGUUCAUUACAUGCUGGUGCUUACUGUUGUUAUCGAAAUGCAUUAAAAAGUACAGGACCAGGUGCACAAGCAUGUUAUGACAAGUCUGGUCAAUGGAUUUCAGAUCCAUGGUUGGGUGCUGGUACAGUCGAUAAAGAAACCCCAUUGGGUAACAUCAUACAACAAGCAAAGCACGGUGUGGCCGAUGUUAUUCCAUAUUACAGUUGCUGUGUGUUGACUCUCUUUGCACCGCAACCCGAAACUUGCAAUCGUUAUUACGAGAAACGACCACCUGGUCAAUGCGAAGGCAGCGUAAUGGUUUAA